UUUAAACGCCAGCCACCUUAAUGUGCUACUACAAUAUUUUAUGUAACGUUUACUGUUCGGGUAAGAUUGAUUCUACCCCAUGUUUGUGUGCUAUUUAUGAUGCAGCUUCCUGCCUUUUAACAUAGUGGAAUAAGUAGAGUUGGAAGCAUCAUGCAUAGAAUGAAUUGUUUCUCCGUUAGAAAGAGCAUGGGUAGUGGACGUUUCAUAACCCGAGUCGUAGGCCUUUUACUAUUGUGGGGCUUAGUCAUCUUCGUCAUCAUACAACUGAAGAAGACACUAAAUGAAGUAUACGUACCUCACGUAAACAAUGGUUUACUACUGCAGAGACGUUUGGAUCCGCUUACCCGAUCUUCAGACUCGACUACCGAAGCGAUCGACGAAGAUCCAUUAAUCGACAAAAGUCCGAGUUUAUCCGAAGAUAUGAUUGUUGACGACAUUCAAAAUCGAAUGCCUAACUUCCCCAUCGCCUACUGGCACAAGAACAAGAAUACACCCAUGCGCUUCAAUAGUACAUGCGCCCGUUUCCCUAGCAUAUUUGAUCUGGAGUUUAACAAUAUAUACUGGCAAACGCUGAGGACUACGAACGGCACCUUUCAGUUACUCGGCGCGUACCUCGACACCAGACCCAAUAAUCGUCUCGGACCCACCGUACGAAUCUUAGGUAUGCUCGAUCGGAUAGAGCCUACCGUGCUGACCUACUGCCAGUUCUGGUUCGACGGCAAAAAGGAACCAGUAAUUGUAAAAAGUCUCGAAUACAAGUACAUUUGGUACAAAUCAUGGGGCAACUACCAGCAGGGAAUAUACCAACCCUACCUCAUAUCGUGUGUAAUUCCCGACGAAUAUCGGGAUGCAGUACCCGAAUCGAUUUCGCUUGUGGAAAAGGCCUGCGAUAAUUCUAUCAAUAAUCUGAAAGUUAUUUACAAUAAGCCAAAGGAGAAGAAAGAUUUCGCGGUAUGCGUUAAGGGGUUAGAUUUUCUGCACGAGGACCUGUCUGUCAGGCUCGUCGAGUGGAUUGAGCUGCUCAAUCUUUUAGGUGCAGACAAGAUCUUCCUCUACGAGUUGCAGGUGCAUCCGAACAUAAGCAAGGUGCUGAAGUACUACGAGAAAGAGGGUAAGGUAACGGUAACACCGAUAACCCUGGCGGGCGGGCAACCGAACGGCCCUUCACUUCAGCACCUUUAUUUGAAAAAGAAAACCAGUCAUAAAAGACAGAGUGAGUUGAUCCCAUAUAACGAUUGUUUCUAUAAGCACAUGUACGAAUACAAAUACAUAGUACUGCUUGACAUUGACGAGGUGAUCAUCCCUCUAAAUGGAACUUCGUGGAAGGAGCUGAUGGAGCAAGUACUACCCAAGGCCUUAAAGAUCAACAAACAGGAGAGGGCUUCCUAUAACGUCCGCAACGUAUAUUUCCUAGACAAUUUGCAGCAUAACCACGACUGGUUUAAAGAAAUUCCUCGGCACAUGCACAUGCUACAACACGUAUACCGGACGAAGAAUUUCACAGGACCAGGCGCGUACGUUAAGUGCUUCCAUAAUACAGAAAGAGUUCUCACUUUACACAACCAUUUUCCUCUCGACUGUCUGGCAGGCGGGUGCACUUCCUACCCGAUUGAGACGACUGACGCCCAACUUCAACACUAUCGCGCCGAUUGCGUCAAGGACUUAAGGAGCUGUGAGGAUUUUAAGAAUGAUAGCGUAAUGGACUUGACGUUAUGGAAUUUUAAAAAACCGUUAAUUGCGAGAGUGUCGAGCGCCCUUAGGACUUUAGGCUAUUUUCCCUUGGGUAGAAAAUUGAAAGAGCACAGAUGAUAAAUCAACUGCACUCUAUGGGUGCUUUAAAAUGGUUGAUGUGCGCAAAUUGUUUCGGGCGAUGAAAUGUGUGUUCCUCUAAUAAGCCUUCCUGUAUCAUAUUGUUUUUAAGGUACUUAUUUUAACUGUUUAUUGUGAUAUCGGUAUUAGUCGUUUACAAUCCCAAUGGAGCGUUGAACUUAAUCGGUUGAGCCAAGUGCCUGUUUAGUGUUUACGUAUAUUAUAUAUGUGUUAUAUUUGUGAUUAUCUUUGUUUUACCUUUACGACUGCAAAGAUUGUCAAAGAUAUUUGUUGUGUGUUGUGUGUAAGUAAUAUUUUAAGCUACAAAUUUAGUGAUUGUCGUCUACCAGUUCUUUUAUUUGAAGUACGACAGAGACAAGGUAAAUUCAAGAUAUGAUAAGUUUUGAGAAUGAACUCUAACAUCAAACAUU